UUAAAAAAUUAUUAAGUAAAACAACCUAGUCACAAUAUUUACAAAUUAUUUGAGCAAAGUUAAGCAGUCUCUGUGUUUUAACGAACUUUCAGCAAAUUCUGAAAACAAAUUCAGUUUGUGUUAAACCACAACGCAGUUUGCGGGUGACAGAAAUCGACAGCCGAUACCAACACAGCUAAAUCUACACGCUCCUCACCAAUACCAAUACAUAUACAAAUAGAAAUAAGAGAGCAGUAGCAGCGGUUUGUCGUCAUGCCACGAGGAAAGUACGUUAACCACAAAGGCCGUAGCCGUCACUUUACAUCUCCCGAGGAGCUGCAACAGGAGUCCGAGGAGGAGAGCGAACAGUCGAGUGGCAGUGAGGAGGAAGAUGCCGACACUGCCAGCGGCACAUCCAAACAGCCUUCGGCAGCGGGUUCGGGAACCGGAGCAGCACGGAAACCCACAAAGCCUGUACAGCGCAAAAAGCAGCCAGCAGCUCGCAACUCAUCUGACGAGGAGAGUGAUGACGAUGAAGAUGGCUCCGAUGAUGAUUCCGAGGGAGAGAGGCGCGAUGCCAAAAAAGGCGUGGCCUCUCUUAUCGAAAUUGAGAAUCCCAAUCGUGCGAUAAAGAAAUCUGCACAGAAGCUGUCCCAGGUCAAGAUAGACGAAGCCGUUGGCACCGGCAAGCCGGAGCUCUCUCGCCGCGAGCGCGAACAAAUCGAAAAGCAAAAGGCGCGUCAGCGCUACGAGAAGCUCCAUGCUGCCGGCAAGACAACUGAGGCCAAGGCGGAUCUGGCCCGAUUGGCGCUCAUAAGGCAGCAGCGCGAGGAGGCCGCAGCUAAGCGAGAGGCGGAGAAAAAGGCAGCUGAGACAGCCAAGAAGCCGGCAGUCAAGUAGUAAACAAAUUAUUGUUUUUUGCAAAUAAUUUUAAUUUUUCAACAAUUUUCAACACACACAAGGGGGCUACGGCAAUGGCAAUUUAGUUAAGUGUUUGAAUCUUCGAAAGUUUGUUCGAAUACACACAUAGUAUAUGCAUGGACACAUACAUAUAUUGUCGAGAAAGAAAAAGCCUAACAUCUCUUAAGAAAACCAAUUUUGUGUAGAAAGUAAAUUAACACUAAAUGCAACUCAUAUAUACAAGCCUAACAAAUAAAAAAAUUCGCAACUGUUUAAUUUAGGAUCCCAAAAAAUCCCAAAAUGUCAAACGCAAAUUAGGAAAACUUUUUUAAGCAAAAAAAAUGCUAUAAAUUAAUGCAGUCUUUUGUAAUUGAGAA